AUGGAGGAAACUAAGAAUCAGCUUCAAGGCCUAAUCCAGGCAAGAACGGGUGGCGAGAACGGGUGGCGAGAACGGGUGGCGAGAACGGGUGGCGAGAACGGGUGGCGAGAACGGGUGGCGAGAACGGGUGGCGAGAACGGGUGGCGAGAACGGGUGGCGAGAACGGGUGGCGAGAACGGGUGGCGAGAACGGGUGGCGAGAACGGGUGGCGAGAACGGGUGGCGAGAACGGGUGGCGAGAACGGGUGGCGAGAACGGGUGGCGAGAACGGGUGGCGAGAACGGGUGGCGAGAACGGGUGGCGAGAACGGGUGGCGAGAACGGGUGGCGAGAACGGGUGGCGAGAACGGGUGGCGAGAACGGGUGGCGAGAACGGGUGGCGAGAACGGGUGGCGAGAACGGGUGGCGAGAACGGGUGGCGAGAACGGGUGGCGAGAACGGGUGGCGAGAACGGGUGGCGAGAACGGGUGGCGAGAACGGGUGGCGAGAACGGGUGGCGAGAACGGGUGGCGAGAACGGGUGGCGAGAACGGGUGGCGAGAACGGGUGGCAAGAACGCCUAUAUUGGGGUCAUCAGAGAAACCUAUUGUCUAA